AUGUUUUUUUGUCUUCUGUGUUUUUUUUUUAUAAUUGGUCAUUUUUCACAGUUAUCUGCUACCAUCGUCUUCUCCUCAAUCCUCUCUCGCUCUGACUUCAUACUUUUCUAUCUAUCUAUCUAUCUAUCUAUCUAUCUAUCUGAAUCUUCUAUUCAUAUCUAUCCAUAUCACUCUAUUCAUAUCUAUCUAUCAUUCUAUUUGAAUAUCUAUCUAUAUCUCUCUAUUCAUAUCUAUCAAUCUGAAUUGGAUUAUAUAUAUCUAUAUCACUCUAUCUAUAUGUCUUUCCCAUCUAUCUAUCUCAGCUUUUACAUUUCUCUCUCUUCUUCCUUCUUUCUUUCUUUCUUUCUUUCUCUUUCCCUUUCCCUUUCCCUUUCCCCACUCUCUCUCAUAGCCACCCCACUUUUUUUUACUUCAUUCCUUAUUUCUCUUUUCUCUUCAUCAAUCUCUCUCUUUCUCAUAAUCAUCUUUCCUUCCUUCUUUCCUUCUCUUUCCAUUUUUUCAAUCUUUCUCUCACUCACUCAUAACCAUCUCUCUUUUCUUCCUUCCUUCUCUUUCCUUCCUCAAUCUCCCUCUCAAACCAUCUUUCUUUCCUUCCUUCUCUUUCCUUUUCUUUAA